AUGGUGAGUUGGUGGUUAACUACGGUUAUUCUUAUUGCUGCAUAUACAGCAAAAUUGGCAGCAUUUAUGACAGUCCAGAAUAUGAAACAAGAAGUUAAUUCUUUUGAAGAUUUAGUGAAAUUGAAUACAAUUUCAUUUGGAACUCUGGGUAAUUCUUAUGCUGAGUACUUCUUUGUAAACAGUCACUACGAAAUGCAUAAAAUAGCUUACAAAAUGAUGAGAAAGCAAAAUACAUUCACAAACGACACUGCUGUGGGCAUAGAGAGAGUUAGAGCAUCGUAUUAUUUGCCAGAAGGUCACAAAGAUCGUUUCGCUUUUAUAUAUGAUUCUCCAGUUGUGGAUUACGCUUCUAUGCUGAGGCCGUGCAAUGUCGAACGAGUUGGAAGACUUUCUGGAUUACAAAAUUACGAUAUUGGCUUGCCUAAAGGUUCUCCAUUUGAGAAGCCAUUUACAUCAUCUAUUUUAAAGCUAAGAGAAGAAGGAUAUAUAGAUUUUUUAAAUAAAAGAUGGUUUAUCAAUAAUUGUCCAGAUAACAGAGUGGGAAGCGAAGAACAUCAAAUGGAUAUUAACAAUUUAGCUGGAGUGUUUCUGUGUUAUUUGGGAGGGCUUUUUGUUGCUCUCUUGGUAGGCCAAGAAGAGCUCCAGCGAGGCGAAGAAGAGCAGGCACGUCAACUGAAGGAACUGCAUGCCACGAUUGGUAGAUUUAAAGGUAAUCAAGGAGCAGGUUGA